AUGUGGCGCGACCGCAUCUCCGGCCAGUCCACACCGUCCAGCAUGAAUCGUGCACCGUCACUGCCCCGGAGAUCCUCCUCCCAGCUGGCGCAGGGCCCCUACGGUGGUCGUCCGCGUGCCAGCUCUAGAGUAUCGUCGACGUCCCUUCUCGUCACCCCAAACGAGUCGACGGCCUCACUGGGAGCUACAGGUCAAGCACCCAAUGCCAUGAGGCCGAGGCAGACUAGCGGACAACGACCCCGGCCAACAAACGUGCCAGAGCCCACGGAAGUGUUGCAUGAAAUCAUUGGCGAUCGGCAGUCGAGGCAUCCGGACGCGCCAGUCUCAAUACCCCAGAAUGCGAAACCACCACAGCUGAUCGAUGCGAUCGAGUUCCACGGGUUAAGCUUGGAAGCAUUUGUCGCCAGAGCCGAUCGAUCACAGCGAUCGCGGAACAGCAAGUAUAGCCAGGUCAGUGUGCAGACCGUGGAGCAAUUCGAACAAGAGCAAGGCAGAUUUCAAGAUCUCCACACGGCCAUUACCGGGUGCGAUGAUGUGUCCAAGUCAGUCGAGCAGUACCUGAACGAUUUUCAGGCGGAACUAGGGGCCGUCUCGGCGGAGAUUGAGACACUGCAAAGACGGUCGACGCAACUCAAUGCGAUGCUGGAGAACCGUCGAAACGUGGAGCGGCUCCUAGGCCCAGCCCUGGAAGAGAUCAGUAUCUCGCCAAAAACGGUGCGCACAAUUGUUGAAGGUCCCAUCGAUGAACAGUGGGUCCGCGCAUUGAAUGAGAUCGAUGCUCGCACAAGUAGCAUUGAAGCGAAAGCGUCCUCCUCCAAUGGCUUGAAAGCGGUCGAGGACGUGCGGCCGCUCCUGGUCGAUGUGAAGAACAAGGCCAUUGAGCGAAUUCGAGACUAUUUGGUAUCCCAAAUCCGGGCCAUGCGAUCACCAAAUAUCAAUUCCCAGAUCAUCCAGCAACAACGACUGGUAAAAUUCAAGGAUCUUUAUACAUAUCUGUCCAAGGCGCAUUCCACGCUCGCUGGGGAAAUUGCUCAGGCUUACAUUAACACGAUGCGCUGGUACUAUACGUCCAAUUUCACGCGCUAUUUGCAAGCGCUCGAGAAGAUCAAGGUCUACCCUAGUGAUCGUAAUGAGGUGUUAGGAGGCGACUCUUCGUCCCAUCGCUCCGGUAACAUUCUCCCGGGUGGCCGAGCAGGGUCAGCGGCUCAUGAUCCAUUUUCCCUUGGUCGACGCAUCGACAUUCUCCGAAACAGCAACCAACAGGCUCUGUCAUCCUACCUGGCGGAGCAGGACUCCUCAUACCAUGGGAUUGAGGUGCCAUUCCGCAAUUAUAACGUGGCCUUGGUAGACAACGUCUCCGCGGAAUACUCUUUUCUGACUGAAUUUUUCUCUCCUUUCUCGUUCCAUGAGAUUUCACGCAAAGUGAUAGAAGUCUUCCAGCCUGUCUUCACGUUGGGUCAAACUCUAACCAAGAAGUUAAUUGAAAACACCACCGACUCUCUGGGUGUUCUGAUCUGUGUGCGCCUCAAUCAGCAUUCAGCCUUUGAGCUCCAACGACGUAAGAUACCAGUGGCCGAUUCGUAUAUCAAUGGGAUCAACAUGCACCUCUGGCCCCGGUUCCAGGUCAUCAUGGAUAUGCAUGGAGAAUCUUUGAAGAAAGCCGGCGCCAACACCGGACGCAGCGCCGUCUCUGCUCUUUCCCUUGCCGGUGGAGAUGACCUCAAACAUUCAUCAGCGCCGCAUUUCCUGACACAGCGCUUUGGUCAGCUACUGCAUGGGAUCCUCGUUUUGAGCAGUGACGCCGGGGAUGACGAGCCGGUUGCGAACAGUCUAGCUCGUCUCCGAACGGAAUUCGAUACCCUUCUGACCAAACUCAGUCGGAAUGGGACGGAUGCGAAACGAAGAGAACGAUUCUUAUUAAACAACUAUUCGUUGAUCAUGACCAUCAUCAGUGACACAAAAGGAAAGCUAGCUGCUGAGCAGCGACAGGUCAUCGGUGCUGGAGUUGUCGGCUUAGCAGUCGCAAGGCAAUUAGCCGCACGCGAAGGUACUUCUACUCUUCUCCUUGAGCGACAUGAUGCACCGGGCACCGAGACCAGCAGUCGCAAUUCCGAGGUGAUCCAUGCCGGCCUCUACUAUCCCUCUGAUUCCCUCAAAACCAAGCUCUGUAUCCGCGGCCGGAACCUUCUCUACGAAUUGUGCUCCAAGCAUGCUAUCCCACAUCGCAACACCAAGAAAUGGAUCGUCGCGCAAACUCCAGCACAAUGGGAAGCGGGUUUGAGACUUCACGACCAUGCCCAGUCUCUCGGCGACGUCCCGACUCGACUGAUCGGCACAGCCGAAGCUGCCUCGCGAGAACCUGACGUCAAAGCCGAAGCCGGUAUCGUCGAGAGCGAGACAACCGGCAUCGUAGACAGUCAUUCGCUCAUGACGUAUCUACAAGGGGAUUUCGAGGAGCGUGGCGGAGAUUGCGUGUUCAAGACUCGAGUGACGGGCCUGGAACCGAUCGUCGGUGGAGGGUACAAGAUUACAGCCGUGUCGGACGAGGACGGGUCCGAGGUGAGCUUCACCGCGGACGUGGUGGUGAACAGUGCCGGUCAUGGCGCUUGUGCGAUCAACAACCUCGUACUUCCACCAGAGCGUCACCGCACGCCCUACUUUGCCAAGGGAACUUAUUUCUCAUACGGGGCUUCCAAGCCUCGCACCUCAGUGCUGGUGUAUCCCGUCACAAUGCCCGGGCACGGUGGAUUAGGAACGCAUUUGACACUCGAUAUGGGUGGGCGGAUUCGCUUCGGACCGGACGUGGAAUGGGUUGACGAUCCCCAUGAUCUGAAGCCCAACGACGCCCGUCUGGCGCAGGCCAUUCCCGAGAUCUUGUCUUACAUGCCUAGUGUGGAUCCCUCAGCGAUCUCUUUGGAUUAUUGUGGUAUUCGGCCCAAGUUAGGUCGAGGUGGUGCGGUGAAUAAGGGCCAGGGGUUUCAAGAUUUCAUCAUCGAAGAAGAAGAGGGCUUUCCGGGAUUCGUGAACUUGCUGGGUAUUGAGAGCCCGGGCUUGACAAGCAGUCUAGCAAUUGGGGAAAUGGUAGAUGAUAUUCUCUACCGUUAG